CAGCUUUGCAGGGAGCGGCCCUGGGCCCGCCCACACCCGGCCUUUUCCUUCCCACUCUUGGAAGUUUCCACGGUGCGACGGGUCUCUCCACUGCCUCUUCACCCCGGAGCACGGAGCAGCCGGGUGCCUUUGCGGAGCUCCUCAAGUCAGGGAGGAGCCGUCACAGCCGGAAUGGAUCCCAAGGAAGAAACAAUGAAAAUGGUUACAGAGGAGGUCGUUGGAAAUGGUGAGGAUGCAGAUGCGGGAAGAAAGAAGUCUUCAAAGGCCCAGCGACAGAAGAGGAAGAAAGAGCUGCGGACUGCGGGUCCUGAGGAGAUGGGGUCCGGAAAGCCCCACCCUGGCAGCCAGCAGGAGGCGGCGCAGGGGGACCCCGAGCCUGACACCCACCUUCUGAGCAUGGCCACGCGACGAGGCCCCCGGAGCUUACCUCCGAUUCCUUCGGCUUCCAGAACGGGCUUCGCGGAGUUUUCCAUGAGGGAGCGCAUGCGGGAGAAAUUGCAGGCUGCAAGGUCCAAAGCAGAAAGUGCGUUGCUCCAGGAAAUGGCCACCCCUCGGCCCAGGCGCUUACGGAGCCCCAGCGAGAAAGAGCUGGAGACGGAAUUUGGCGCGGAGCCAGGGACGGAGGUUCAAAGUACUCCACGAGAAGGUGACCCCCAAAGUUAUGCAAGAGUCAAGUUCCGCGAUUCCGCACGAAAAGUCAAGUCUAAACCCCCGGUCCCACCUGGCUUCCCUUCUGCUGAAGAAGCCUAUAACUUCUUUACUUUCAACUUUGACCCCGAACCAGAGGAAUCAGAGGAAAAACCAAAAGCAAAAAAUAGAGAUGGAGCUAAUCAAGAGGACGAGGGAGGAGAGGAAGAAGAGCCCCCAGAUGGAGGAGUGAACGAAACGGACGAGGAAGAGCUGCUCAAGGUCAAGGCUGCGGAGCAGCUGCUCUCGGGCUUGGCUCCCGUGGCUGAAGAUUUCGUGGCUGUGAGACCUGCAGACUACGAGAGCGUCCAUGACCGGCUGCAGAAGGAGAAGGAGCUGCUCUUCAUACCCAGUAGGCUCACAGUGCCUGCGUAUAAGAAGCUUCCCGAGAACGUGCAGCCCAGAUUCCUGGAGGACGAGGGCCUGUACAUGGGAGCCCGGCCGGGGGUGCCGCGCGCCGCUCGGAACAUCGCGGAGAACAGACUGCUCGUGCAGGAGCCUGACAGGAAGUGGUUUGGAGAUGAUGGCCAGAUCCUAGCGCUGCCAAACCCCAUCAAGCCCUUCUUUUCCAGGCCACCAACCUUGGCACAGGGGCAAGACGUUACAGCAGAACUUGAAACGCUGUAUAGAAAGGCGGUCAGGUAUGUGCACAGAAGUCAACAGGUGAUUGGAUCUGGAGACCCUGGAAAUUUCCAGCUGGACAUUGAUAUUUCAGGGUUAAUCUUUACUCAUCACCCCUGUUUUAGCCGAGAGCAUGUCUUGGCAGCCAAGCUGGCCCAAUUAUAUGACCAGUACCUUGCAAGACGCCAGAGAAACAAAGCAAAAUUUCUCACCGAUAAGCUCCAAGCUUUGAGAAAUGCUGUUCAAAUGGGCCUUGAUCCAGCAGAAACUCAUAGGUCUGUUGACAUAACCCAAAAAGCCAUCAACGAGUAUAAAUCUGAAAUUCGGCAAACAAGGAUACUCCGUGACGCUGAACAAGAGAAAGACCGAAUGUUGCUUAAGACCAUCAUAAAAGUUUGGAAAGAAAUGAAGUCCCUUCGAGAGUUCCAGAGAUUUACAAAUACACCCUUGAAACUUGUUUUGAGAAAGGAAAAAGUGGACCAGAAAGCAGAUGAAGAUGCAUAUGAAGCAGAAAUUCAAGCUGAAGUAAGCGAGUUGUUGGAAGAGCACUCCGAGGAGUACGAACAGAAGAUGGAAGAAUACAGAGCUGCGUAUCAGCACUGGAAGAGAGCUCAGAGGGCCAAGAAAAAGAAAAAGAGCCCAGCAGACGAAGGACGCCCUGAUGAGGAGCUGCAGGAGCAGUCUCCUGGGGAGGACCCUGUGAAACCCACCCCUCUGGAGCCCCCCAGCCGGGCAGCGCUGGAGCAGCAAGUCCGGGACAGAGCAGCCCGGAGCAGGAGGAGGCCUGGGGAGCCCACGCUGCUCCCAGAGCUGAGCCUGGCGGGGAGCGUGACGCCCAACGACCAGUGUCCCAGGGCGGAGGUCUUACGGAGGGAAGAUGUCAAGAGGCGCUCGGUGUAUUUAAAGGUGAUCUUCAACGACAAGGAGGUGUCCAGGACCGAAGCUCGGCCACUCGGGGCAGACUUCCGAGUUCACUUUGGACAGAUUUUCAAUUUGCAAAUAGUCAACUGGCCGGAGAGUUUAACGUUGCAGGUAUUUGAAACAAUCGGACACGGUGGUACCACCUUGCUAGCAGAAGUGUUUCUGCCGAUUCCUGAAGCCACGGUUGUCUCCGGAAGGGCUCCCAUUGAAGAAGUGGAGUUCAGCAGCAACCAGCAUGUGACCCUGAACCACGAGGGAGUUGGAAGUGGUGUGCCCUUGUCAUUUGAAGCUGACGGUAGUAAUCAAAUGAUUCUGAUGACCUCGGGAAAAGUGUCCAACAGUGUGGCAUGGGCUGUUGGAGAAAACGGGACACCUUUACCUCCUGCGCUGUCCCAACAGAACACCGGAGUUAGGAGUGCUUUGAAAAGAGCCGAUGCCAUCUUAUCGAUUGGCACCUCAGGACUGACGGACAUGAAGAAGUUGGCUAAGUGGGCAGCAGAGUCCAAGCUCGAUCCGAACGACCCCGGCAAUGCCCCUUUGAUGCAGCUGGUCUCGGUUGCCACCAGCGGUGAGCCCUACGUCCCCGACUUCUUUCGACUGGAGCAGCUGCAGCAGGAGUUCAACUUCGUCUCGGAUGAGGAGCUAAAUAGAGCCAAACGAUUCAGGCUCCUGAGUCUCAGAAGCCAAGAGGUGCCGGAGUUCCGAAACUACAAGCCCAUCCCAGCCUAUGACCGAGAAAUUAUGGAAAAGGUAUUCCAGGACUAUGAGAAACGGUUACGAGACAGAAGUGUAAUUGAGACCAAGGACCACAUAGAUAGCCACAGGGCCGCAGUAGCCAAGUACCUCCAGCAGGUUAGGGACUCGGUGUUAAAUCGUUUCCUGAUUGCAAAACACCAUUUUCUUCUCGCGGAUUUGGUCGUCGAAGAAGAAGUUCCCAAUAUCAGCAUUUUGGGCCUAAGCCUUUUCAAGCUGGCAGAACAAAAGCGACCCCUGAGGCCAAAGAGAAAAGGUCGGAAGAAGGUGACAGCCCAAAACCUGUCCGACGGAGACAUCAAGCUGCUGGUGAACAUCAUCCGGGCUUACGACAUCCCGGUGAGGAAGCCCCCAGCCAGCAAAUUCCAGCCGCCGCCACGGUCUUCGAGAACGUUCAGCGAGAAGGGUGCUGCCUCCCCAGCUCCACACAGCCCGGCCCCCAGUGCUGACUACCCUCUGGGCCAGGUCCUAGUACGUCCCUUUGUAGAGGUUUCUUUUCAACGAACAAUUUGCCACACGACGACGGCCGAAGGACCGAACCCCAGCUGGAACGAGGAACUGGAACUCCCGUUCAGGGCCCCGAACGGGGACUACAGCGCCACCAGUGUGCAGUCGGUGAAGGACGACGUGUACAUCAACAUUUUCGACGAAGUGCUCUAUGACGCCCUAGAGGACGACCGGGAGCGAGGAAGCGGAACCCACACUCGUGUUGAGAGACACUGGCUGGGGUGUGUGAGAAUCCCGUUCAGCACGAUACACUUCCAGGCAAGGAUUGACGGGACAUUUAAAAUAGACACUCCCCCUGUCCUCCUGGGCUACAGCAAGGAGCGCGGCGUGAUUGCCGAGCGGGGCUUUGACGCUGUCCGCAGCCUAAGCGAAGGCUCCUACCUCACGCUGUUCAUCACCAUCGAGCCUCAGCUGGUUCCCGGGGAGCCGGUCCGAGAGAAGUUCGAGUCCCAGGAAGAUGAGAAAUUGCUUCAAGCAGCAGAGAAAUUCCAGGCGGACUGUGCCUUGAAGUUCCCCGGCCGGCAGUGCCUGACCACAGUGGUCGACAUAAGCGGGAAGACGGUCUUUGUGACUCGGUAUCUCAGGCCGUUGAACCCUCCGCGGGAGCUGCUGGACGCUCACCCCAGCAGCCCUCAGGCCACCGCAGAACUGGUGGCUCGGUAUGUGUCACUGAUUCCUUUCCUGCCUGACACGGUUUCCUUUGCUGGCAUCUGUGACCUGUGGAGCACGUCUGAUCAAUUUCUGGAUCUCCUAGCAGGGGACGAAGAAGAGCACGCAGUGUUGCUGUGCAACUAUUUUCUGUCCCUGGGGAAGAAGGCCUGGCUCAUGAUGGGCAGCGCUAUUCCUGAGGGCCCAACUGCCUAUGUGCUAACUCGGGAGCCAAGUCACUACUUACUAUGGAAUCCCUGCAGUGGACAGUUUUAUGGACAAUUUGAUACGUUCUGUCCCUUAAAAAGCGUGGGCUGUUUAAUAGGUCCUGAUAAUAUUUGGUUUAAUAUUCAACGAUAUGACUCCCCACUAAGGAUAAAUUUUGAUGUCACCAAGCCCAAGCUUUGGAAACCUUUCUUUUCAAGAAGCCUUCCAUACCCUGGCCUUUCCAGUGUUCAGCCGGAAGAGCUUGCUUACCAGCGUACAGACAAAGCGGCUGCCGCGGAGCUCCAGGACAGGAUUGAAAAAAUACUAAAAGAAAAAAUCAUGGACUGGAGGCCGCGGCACCUGACGAGGUGGAACAGGUACUGCACCUCCACGCUGCGCCACUUCCUGCCUCUGCUGGAGAGCAGCCGGGGAGAGGAGGUAGAAGAGGACCACCGGGCAGAACUGCGGAGGCAGCUCGGGGACUGCCGGUUCUCUGGCUUUCCACUGCACAUGCCCUAUUCGGAGCUGAAGCCCUUGGUUGAAGCGGUGUACAGCACUGGAGUGCAUAAUAUUGACGUUCCUAAUGUGGAAUUUGCUUUAGCUGUAUAUAUCCACCCAUAUCCCAAAAAUGUCUUGUCUGUCUGGAUCUAUGUUGCCUCCCUUGUACGAAACAGGUAA